AGAAGACGGUUCUAUCGCCGUCGUGAUAUGCAAUCAUGUCGAAGACCAUGGUACGCAAAACGAAGUCUGGUAACUUUGAAUACCGUGGCGAUUCCAAGUUUCCGGCGGGUGUGUACACGAUCCAUCCGCCGCCAGUCUGCGAUCAUACACUCGGAGGCAGACCGAUUCACUUGAGAAGGUCUAGCGCGUACGAGGGAAAAGAGAUUGGCAAGAUAAGGGACAAAAGUGGCGCGAGAAAGUAUCUGAUACCUUCAAAGAAACCGAUGGUUUAUCCGAAAAUUAUGACGAAGGAAGAAUACGAGCUUCUGAAGGAACGCAAUCGUGUGGUCACGAAGGAGGAGAGACAAGCGGCCGCGGAGGCCGCAGAGAAGGAAAAAGAAAGACUAAUAAAGGAGAGCAUGGAGCGCAGUGAAGCAAUGCGCCAAAUGGACUUGAAGAAGAGUUGCGACAAGGAUCCGAAAACGAGAGAGAUCGAAGAGGAAGCGAGACAGAGAACAAUGCAUAUCCUCGACCGAGCGCAAAACAUGCGACUCGAGCAAGAAGAGGAGAUACAGAAGUGCAAUCGGUUUAUCCUGGAAACCAAAUGCCGAGCAAUCCGCGACGCUCAGAUCGCGGAGAAGAAACUGAUAGAACGAGAAAUUCUCGAGGAAGAAAAACGACUGAACAAUAUGAUGGAGGACGAGAGAAGAUGGGCAGUGAAGGAAGAAUUGCGGAAGGAACAAGAAGAUGUGGCCAAGAGGCUGCAAUUCGCGAAGUUCCUGAAGGAGCAGAUCGAGGAGAACGAGCAGCAGCGAAUCCUCGGGCUCGAGAAGAAGCAAGAAGAGAGUCGGCUCAUUAAUUUGAAUAACAUCGCAUGGCAGCAAGACGAGAACGAAAAGCAGCGCAAGAAGGAGGCUGAGAAUGCCAGGGUACGGCAAGAACUCACGGAAGUGUACGAACAAAUGAGACAUUACAAAGCUAUGGAGCAAGAGGAGAAUAGAAUUAUAGACUUGAGGAUACAGGACUACUUUCGGCAGAAGAAAGAAAAAGAGGCUAAGAAGGCGGAAGAACAGAGACUGGACAAUUUAAGAAAGGAGCGAGAAAAGACCAGAAUAGCGACGCAAAGAGUGCACACGCAGGACGUUCAGGCGCAUAUCGACGAGAUCAACGUGGCUCGGGUUCGCGAAGAGGUGGAGCGAGAAUGGAGACGAAAGGAAAAGGAAGAAGCCUUGAGAAGACUAGAAGCUCAGAAGAUACUGCAAAAGGAAAGAAUAGAGCAGAUAAAUAAUAAGCGAAUUAUACAAGCCAUCGAGAUCGAGAGAGAUAAACGGGAAUUCGAGAGAAUUGCACGCAUGCAACAAGCAGCUCUUUGCAAAGAAAAGGAGAAACUCGAGCGCAAGCAACAGCAAGCUUUAGUUCUCCGUGGUGAGAUAUUAAAGCAGAUGAAUGAAAAAGAGCGAAAACGCAUCGCCGAGCGACAAAGAAUGUUCAAGGAAGGUCUAGCGAUCCGUGCGGAAAUAGAGGCGCGCAAGAAGAAGUUGCAAGACGUGAUGGAACGCAAGUGUCAAGAGAUGAGGGAAAACAAUGUGCCGGACACUUAUAUCAACGAAGUGAAACGCAUGAUGGAAAAUAUUCAAUGAAUUAUACGAAACGAUCUUAGAAUAGAAAGACCAA